AUGUCAAGCUCCAAGCUCGUGUCGCCUGACAAGGUGACGAACAAGGAGUUCGCAGAGCUCCUCGCUAGCUAUGAACCUCUGAUCGAUUCCAUUUCAGCCUCGAAAGGCGCCAAGUCUGGUCAGAAGACCCUGCAAGAGCUGGAUCAGUUCCGUUUCGUUGAGGCUCCGGCCCUCUUUUCGCAGGAAGCCCCUAAACGAUCCAUGAACCACGAUGAUGUCAAGGUCCUCGUUGACUGGAAGCUUCGCCACGGCAAGUUUCGCCCGACUCUGAUGAAGCUCGUCUCGUCAAAUGACUCUUCCACGGCAGAGAAGACCGUGAAAGAGGGAGUGGAGGCCUAUCAAGGCGUGUCAGACUUAUCGGCAUCACUCAACAUUUUGACCAGACUCAAAGGAAUCGGUCCUGCGACUGCUUCGCUUCUUCUGGCGGUGCACUAUCCGGAGCAGGUCCUCUUCUUCUCGGAUGAGGCGUACUACUGGUUAUGCAACAAGGGCCAGAAAGCGUCGCUCAAGUACAACAUGAAGGAGUAUGAGUCCCUCAAUGCCGAGUCACGGAAGCUGAUGAAAAGGCUGGACGUCUCAGCAAUGGAUAUUGAGAAGGUGGCAUAUGUUUUACUCAAACAAGAGGGAACCGCCUCUGUGGCAAAGACUUCCUCGAGCCCCAAGGCCACGAAGGAUGAGCUAAAGGGUACAUCGAAGGCAGCGUCUUCGAAGAGAAAGAAGAGCACCGACGAGAUGGUAGAAGACAAGGGUCCAACGGCGGGCGCCGAGACCACUGCCACUUCAGUGCAUAUCCAAUCCGUUCACACGACCACCAGUACACCGACGAUACGGAGGUCUUCCGCCACGUCGUGUGCAACUCGUUUCUCGUCCCACACGAUGGACGAUGAAUUAUUCGAAGGGCAGGCCCAAUUUGGGGCCGCUGGCGACAUGCCGCCUCCACAACCACCAGAUUUCUCAUCAAUGCCCUAUUCCUCCAUCUUUUCUCAGUACAUUUCGCCGUAUGAUACACCUAGCUUACUCUGGUCGCAAUCAUUUCCCCCAGCAAUGGACAACCGCCCGAGAGGCUUCAUGCGAGCAGAUGAAAUAUUCUCAGAGAACGGUGGGCCAAUUCCACUCCCGCCGAGGUUCGCCCAGAUCAAGCGGAGCCUCAUCGCGGGCAAGGAGACGGCGAUAGUGGAUUCUUGGAAUCGGCUGCUGGUUGCCCUCCGGGCCGAGAUUGCGUUGAUAGGAGUAACAAAGUCUGACAUCAUCCCCACCAUAGACUUUUCGGAGCUCAAGGACCAUGCCCGCGUCUCCGAAUUUGCCGCAAAGCUCCGACGCCGAGGUGGCGCCGUGAUUCGCAACGUGAUUCCGCCGGACCAAGCUCGAAAUUGGCGGGAGGAGACGGAGACAUACCUCGCCGAUAACCCGGAGACCAGAGGGUGGCCGACGCGUGAUCCCCAUCUAUUUGGAAUUUACUGGUCGCCUGCUCAGAUCAAGGGUCGAGCUCAUCCAAAUGUCCUUGUAGCCCAGCGGUUUUUGAUGGGCCUUUGGCGCUCGAGGAACCCCAACGCCUCGGUGGCAGUGGAUUUGCCCGUGGCCUACGCAGACCGUUUGCGAAUUCGUGCACCAGGCGACGAGUUCUGGCAUUUGAACGCCCACGUUGACGGCGGCAGUGUUGAACGAUGGGAGAGUGACGGGUAUGGAAACGCCGGCACAUACCAACGCAUAUGGGAUGGAAAGUGGGAGGACUACGACCCCUGGGAAAGCAGCACGCGGCUCAAGGUCACAUCGGAUCUCUACAAUGGCGCAGGUUCAUGCAGCAUGUUCCGCAUGUUCCAGGGUUGGCUUUCCAUGUCAGAUAUCAAUCCCACCGACGGCACCCUACUGCUAUGCCCGAUGCUUCAGCUCGCAACUGCCUACUUCCUUCUACGACCAUUCUUUUCUCCGCUGAGCCCGUCCCCUGAGGCUGCGAACUUUCUCGCCCGCGAGAAUUGGUCCCUCGACUUUAUGCAGACAAGCAUCAUCCAGGGUGCCGUGCCGUCGUAUACGCAAGAGCUGAACGCCUCUCUCCAUCCUCACCUGCAGUUGGACAAGUCUCUCGUUCGCAUACCCCCUGUUCGGCCUGGAGACUACGUCGUAUGGCACCCGGAUAUGGUUUAUGGCGUCGACAAGGUGCCGCCAUCGGCUCUGCCCGCAACAAUCAUGUAUAUUCCUGCCUGCCCACUUACACAGACGAACGCUUUGUACCUCGCUCGCCAGAGAAAGGCGUUCCUCCUCGGCCAACCUAGUCCGGAUUUUGGUGGCGGACGCGGAGAAACUUCUCACCUGGGUCGACCUGGUGUUCAGGAGGUCAGCGAUGCGGGCGGCGAAGAUGGCCUUAGGGCUAUGGGCUUGCUGCCUUGGGAAGAUCGAGAGGGGAGGAGCCCAACAGUGAAAACUCUGGUCGGGAUGGCGAACGCUAUUUUGUUCCCGGAUCAGUAUGACAUGGUUUGA